AUGUCUCUUGCCCAGAACCACUACAUCAUCCAGCUCCCCCAAACCCCUCCUCUUCACCGCAACCCCGACCCUCGUUCAAUCGCCCAACAAUGGGCAACAGAGUUCGAAGUCCUACUCCGCACUAACGACUUCUCCAAGCUCUCGCAGCUCUUCCACGAAGAUUCCUGGUGGCGCGACCUCCUAAGUCUAACAUGGGACCUCCGGUCCGUCCAAAACCUCAGCAGUAUCAAAGACUUCCUCUCCCAGAACCAGCCACGCGCUCAGCUGUCGCAUCUCCGUCUGCAGCAUGAGGGCAAGUUUCAGCCGAGUCUGGAACAGGCUGCGCCCGGUCUUACCUGGAUCUCGACCAUGUUCUUCUUUGAAACAGGUGUAGGACGUGGAUCCGGUGUUCUUCGCCUGACGCAGGAUAAUAAGGGGGUGUGGAAGGCUUAUGCAAUCUAUACCUCUUUGCAGGAGUUGAAGGAUAUGGAGGAGCCUGUGGGCUUUAGAAGGGUUUAUGGUACUACUGAGACGAUGCCGGGAGGGUUGAGCCGGGGAACAUGGAUUGAGCGGCGGAAACGACAGGUUCUUUUCAGCGAAGAAGAACCUGCCACUCUUAUUGUUGGUGCCGGCCAGGCGGGUCUGAACUUGGCUGCACGCCUCCAAUCCCUCGGUGUCCCCUGUCUAGUCGUCGAUAAGCAUGAGAGAAUCGGGGACAACUGGAGGUCUCGCUACAGAACUCUCGUAACACACGACCCAGUUGAAUUCACGCACAUGGCCUACCUUCCCUUUCCCAAAAACUGGCCUGAGUUCACCCCUAAAGACAAACUCGGUGACUGGUUUGAGGCUUACGCAAACAUCAUGGAGUUAAACGUCUGGGUCAAGACCAGCGUCACAGGCGCAACAUACGACGACUCCAAGAAAGAGUGGACUGUCACAGUGAUGCGCGGCGACGGGUCAGAACGCACCCUCCGCCCUCGUCAUCUCGUCUGGUGUACAGGACACUCCGGAGAGCCUCUGAUUCCUACUUUCCCUGACCAAGGGAAGUUCAAGGGGACGCUCUACCACGCCACAAAGCACAAGGAUGCGUCAGAGUACGACGUCAAAGGGAAGAAGGUUGUUGUCGUCGGCACUGGUAAUAGCGGGCACGACAUCGCGCAGAAUUUCCAGGAGAACGGGGCCGACGUGACCAUGCUGCAGCGCAGAGGCACGUACGUUAUCACUGCAGAUAAGGGUAUCUUCAUGAUGCAUGAAGGGCUGCAUGAAGAAAACGGACCCCCAACAGAAGAAUGCGACCUAAUCGCCGAAUCCCUCCCCUACCCAGUACGCUUCGCACUCAGCGUCCACUUCACGAAACGCGCCUACGAAGCCGAGAAAGACAUAAUGACAGGCCUCGAAAAGGCGGGCUUCGAACUCGACCACGGCGUCGACGGCGCAGGAAUUGCCCGUGCCUAUAUGACCCGCGGCGGCGGGUACUACAUCGACGUCGGCUGCAGUCAGCUCAUCGCAGAUGGGAAGAUCAAAGUACAACGCAGCCCUGAGGGAAUAUCAGGCUUCACGGAGCGUGGUCUCAAACUGAAGGAUGGCGGGGAGUUGGACGCGGACAUUGUUGUGCUUGCUACAGGGUAUGAUAAUAUGCGGACGACCGUGCGGAAGACACUAGGUGAUAAGGUUGCAAAUCGACUGAGAGAUGUUUGGGAUUUGGAUGAGGAGGGGGAACUUAAUGCUAUGUGGCGACCAAGCGGACAUCCAGGGUUCUGGUAUAUGGGAGGGAAUCUUGCUCUGUGCCGGGUUUACUCGAAGUUCCUGGCGUUGCAGAUCAAGGCUAUCGAGGCUGGUUUGUUAUCUCAAUAG